AUGUUCUUUCCCCAUUCUCUGUCCCUGUUUUCCAGUCCUAUAGAAUCCUGCCAGCACUUCUACAAAGAUUUCACAUUACAGAUCGAUAUGGCGUUCAAUGUCUUCUUCCUUCUUUACUUUGGCCUGCGGUUUAUAGCAGCCAAUGACAAGCUGUGGUUCUGGUUGGAGGUCAACUCAGUCGUCGACUUCUUCACCGUCCCUCCUGUGUUUGUCUCCGUCUACUUAAACAGAAGUUGGCUUGGUCUGAGAUUUCUGAGAGCACUAAGACUGAUUCAGUUCUCAGAAAUUUUACAAUUCUUAAACAUUUUGAAAACAAGCAAUUCAAUAAAGCUGGUAAACUUGUGCUCCAUCUUCAUAAGCACAUGGCUCACGGCUGCUGGAUUCAUCCAUUUGGUCGAAAACUCAGGAGAUCCUUGGGAAAACUUCCAAAAUUCCCAAUCGCUAUCCUAUUGGGAAUGUGUCUACUUGCUGAUGGUGACCAUGUCCACAGUGGGUUAUGGGGAUGUCUAUGCAAAAACCACCUUGGGACGCCUGUUCAUGGUCUUCUUCAUCCUCGGUGGUUUGGCCAUGUUUGCCAGCUACGUCCCUGAAAUCAUAGAGUUAAUAGGAAACCGCAAGAAAUAUGGUGGUUCCUAUAGUGCGGUUAAUGGGAGAAAGCACAUUGUGGUCUGUGGUCAUAUUACCCUGGAAAGUGUCUCCAACUUCCUCAAAGACUUCCUACACAAGGACAGGGAUGAUGUCAAUGUAGAAAUUGUUUUUCUCCAUAAUAUUUCCCCUAAUCUUGAGCUGGAAGCCUUGUUCAAACGCCACUUCACCCAAGUGGAGUUCUACCAGGGAUCUGUUCUCAACCCACAUGAUCUGGCUCGAGUGAAGAUCGAGUCAGCUGAUGCCUGCUUAAUACUUGCCAACAAAUAUUGUGGAGAUCCUGAUGCUGAAGAUGCCUCCAACAUCAUGAGGGUGAUUUCCAUCAAGAAUUACCAUCCCAAGAUAAGAAUCAUUACACAGAUGCUACAGUAUCACAAUAAGGCCCAUCUGCUGAACAUUCCAAGCUGGAACUGGAAGGAAGGUGAUGAUGCUAUCUGUCUUGCGGAGCUGAAGGCCGGCUUCAUUGCCCAGAGUUGUCUGGCCCAGGGCCUGUCCACCAUGCUGGCCAACCUCUUCUCCAUGAGAUCCUUUAUUGAGAUUGAGGAGGACACGUGGCAGAAAUAUUACCUCGAGGGAGUGGCUAAUGAGAUGUACACGGAGUAUCUGUCCAGUGCCUUUGUAGGCCUUUCUUUUCCCGCUGUAUGCGAACUGUGCUACGUGAAGCUGAAGCUGUUGCUUAUUGCCAUUGAAUACAAGUCUGAGCAGAGAGAAAGCAGCAUCCUCAUCAACCCAGGAAACCAUGUGAAGAUGCAGGAGGGAACGCUGGGAUUCUUUAUUGCUAGCGAUGCCAAAGAAGUAAAGAGAGCAUUUUUCUACUGCAAAGCUUGUCACGACGACAUCACUGACCCCAAACGUAUUAAGAAGUGCGGCUGCAAACGUCCCAAGAUGUCCGUCUACAAACGAAUGAAACUGGCAUGUUGUUUUGAUUGCGACCGUUCAGAGCAAGACUGCUCAUGCAUGUCAGGCAGUGUACAUAGUAACAUGGACACCCUUCAGAGGGCCUACCCACUUUCCUCUGUCUCUGUUCAUGAUUGCGCAACCACUUUACGUGCCUCCAAAUAUAAGUAUAAUGGAUAUGUCAGAUCACCAGCAGAUGGCGCUACAACACCAGGGAACAGUGGAAGCCAAAAAGAGACUGGCGUUCGAUUCAAAGCUGAUUACAAUAUAGUUGAAGACGAACAUCCAUCAACUCUCUCGCCUAAGAAAAAGCAACGCAAUGGAGGGAUGCGAAACUCACCGAACUGCUCACCCAAAAUGAUGAGUAGACACGAUCCACUUCUGAUUCCUGGAAAUGAACAAAUGGAAAACAUGGACAUGAACGUGAAGAGGUAUGACUCGACAGGGAUGUUUCACUGGUGCCCUUCUAAAGACAUCGAAAAAGUAAUCCUGACCCGGAGUGAAGCGUCCAUGACAGUCCUGAGCGGCCAUGUAGUAGUCUGUAUAUUUGGGGAUGUCACGUCCGCUUUAGUGGGGCUGCGAAACUUGGUUAUGCCUUUAAGAGCCAGCAACUUCCAUUACCACGAGCUAAAGCCGAUAGUUUUUGUGGGCUCUCUGGAAUACCUGCGGCGAGAGUGGGAAACCUUACACAACUUCCCCAAGGUUUCCAUCUUACCUGGUACACCAUUAAGUCGGGCAGAUUUAAGGGCUGUCAACAUCAACCUCUGCGACAUGUGCGUAAUACUGUCAGCCAAUCAGAACAAUAUCGAAGACGCCUCACUGCAGGAUAAAGAAUGCAUCUUGGCAUCACUCAACAUCAAGUCUAUGCAGUUUGAUGACAGCAUUGGGGUCUUACAGGCUAAUUCCCAAGGUUUCACGCCCCCUGGAAUGGACAGGUCAUCUCCAGACAGCAGCCCAGUACAUGGCUUUGUUCGCCAGGCUUCUGUCACCACCGGAUCCAACAUCCCAAUCAUCACCGAACUAGUGAACGACUCAAACGUCCAGUUCCUGGACCAAGAUGAUGAUGACGACCCGGACACAGAACUGUACCUCACUCAGCCCUUCGCUUGUGGCACAGCUUUUGCUGUCAGCGUACUCGACUCCCUGAUGAGUGCAACCUACUUCAAUGACAACAUCCUCACACUGAUCCGAACACUGGUCACAGGGGGAGCCACGCCGGAGCUGGAGGGCCUGCUGGCUGAGGAGAAUGCUCUCAGAGGAGGCUACAGCACACCGCAGACUCUGGCCAACAGAGACAGGUGUCGCGUGGCCCAGCUAGCGCUCUACGACGGGCCUUUUGCUGACUUGGGGGAUGGCGGCUGCUAUGGAGAUUUAUUCUGCAAGGCACUGAAGACAUACAACAUGUUGUGCUUUGGAAUAUACAGAUUAAGAGAUGCUCAUCUCGGUACACCAAGCCAGUGCACAAAACGAUAUGUGAUCACAAACCCCCCGUACGAGUUUGAGCUGGUGCCCUCAGACCUUAUCUUCUGCCUCAUGCAAUUCGAUCACAAUGCUGGCCAGUCACGGACAAGCCUAUCCCACUCUUCCCACUCCUCCCAUUCCUCCAGCAAAAAGAGCUCCUCUGUCCACUCUGUCCCCCCCUCCAAUCGACAGAACCGCAGCAGCAAGACCAGGGAGGCCCGUGACAAACAGAAUGCAACAAGGAUGAAUAGAAUGGGCCAAGAAAAGAAAUGGUUUACAGAUGAACCUGAAAAUGCCUACCCAAGGAACAUUCAGAUCAAGCCUAUGAGCACUCACAUGGCCAACCAAGUCAACCAAUACAAAUCCACUAGUAGCCUGAUUCCACCAAUCAGAGAAGUUGAAGAUGAAUGCUGAACGCCAGGUUUUCUUGCUGACUCACCUGACAUCUGUAUACUCUCUCUAAAGAGUAGGACAGAGAUCACCAGUGGAGGAGUGAUGAUCAUGAUAACGACCCACGAGGGUGUUGAAGACUGGUACAUUUCUCUUCACUCAUUCUUCUAAUCAUGGGUUAGAUGGAAACCCACACUGGAAAGGACCUCCUAUGUGUAUACCUUUAAUGUUACUUCCAUGCUUUGGACAUUGUUUAAUUUAUAAUGUAUCCAUAGAGAUGUAUAUAAUGACAAUCAGAUAAGGAUUGUACAGCCCCUCCCCCUAGCACUUUUUGGAAUUAUUUUAAGAGUUGGAAAAAAAAAACAGAAGAAAAAGAGUACUUCCUGUAAUUUUUUUGCAAUAGUUCACCUCUUCAUGUGACCAGACUCCAGGAUAAGGUGACUAGUUUUUGGAGGAUGAGGGUUGCAGCGAUAAACUGAUCAAAUCAUCUCCCAAAGAUUCACCCAGAUGUGUCACAUCAAAUCAGCUGGGUUCGUUGGCAUCAUAUCUCCUGAUUGCUUCUUUUCUUUUUGCACUAAAAACUGAAAAAAUGGAAACAUCACCCCACAUAAAUUGUCUCUGAUGAGAUGACAGAUGGAACGAAGAAGAAAAAUGGAUGGAAGAAAGAAAUGAAGGGCUGCUUGGCUUCAGAAAUCCUGAUACUAAUCCUGAUCUUGAUUUGGUAUCCAUUGUUCUAUUCUUCAAAGUUUGCUACCUCACCUUGACUCAUCAAGAUGGGUGUAAGCAUUGCAGACCUGCACAAUAAAGCCACCUCUCAAGCAGUAAUCUAAAGCCCAGAGAACGAUGCAGUGUGGGUGUAUGCUGGCUAAAGGAGAAUCCUGUACCUACAUAUUUUCUGCAGAUAGGUCAUAUUCUAAGGCUAUAACUCAGUGUCAAGCUCGCAUGAUAUGUGCCUGAGCCCUUUUAAAACACACACAGUGUGGUUUAAUAGCCUGAAUACAUGGGAAGGAUUUAAAAAAGAACUUGUUCAGUCCUCGUGCAUUCUGGGAUUCUGGGGUAUUUGUGUACAUGCUCUGUAUGUGAACGUGUGUCGCAGUCACCAGCCCUUCUUCAUUGGUUUUUAUGUGAUGGUGCAGCUUGGUGGGAGCAGCAUGAUGGACUUAGCACAAAAAGAAGGCAUCAUAGGAUUUGGAUCUAUAUCAAAUUUAAGUUGCGUUAAGAUAAAAACUAAAAUCUCCAACUAUGACUGAGCAGAUCUAACACAAACAGCAGCAGCAUGCCACCAUUGGACGCAUUACUGUGAUGCAUGCAGCAGAAUUGGGAACACAAAGAAAAGUGCUGUUUUUCUCCAUGUUUUAUAAUUGACGUAAAGUUCAAGUUUGAGAGAAGGAAUGCCACAUAUCGCGUAGAGUGGGCAUAAAUGGGUCCUCCCUUGAUUUGAGCAACUGCCUGGCACAGGGUUGGCACAGAGGCAGUAAAGAGCUUGGAUGUUCUCUGUUGCCAAUCCAGAUGUCACAAGCCUCGAAACUCUCAGCUGCUGUGUUUGAUCCUCUGACAUGGGGACUGCUCAUGCAUAGUUGGUGUUAAUGCAACAAUGCCACAGACUGCUAUUGGGGGCACUGCAAAUGCAGUUCUUUGUGCCAGCCUGUGUGCAACAUGGGUUUAUUUUGCACUUCCUGUUCUACCCUUAUAUCCAGAUCAGGCUCUGAUGGGGAUUGAUAGAAAUUUAAUCGUUGAAUUUAUACAUUAAAACAUUAUUUUAUAACCAUACACAUAAUCAAUUUCUACUUAUUUUUCUAGUUGAGGAUGAGAAGGAAAGUACUUAAGGAGAUAAAAACUUUUACAACCACAUAUGAAAUAGUUUGUGUUAUUGAUAUGUAUUAUCAUUUAUUUCACAUGAUAUAACAGCAAAUAGUUAUUUUUCUAUCCCCUGAGCCCUAUAUUAACUAACUACAUCACUCAGGAGCUCAUAUAGCUCAGUCUGCAUUGUGAAAAGAAAAGUGUUGAGUGCUUGUAGACAUGAAUCUGGGCUCAUCUGAAGCCUUAUUCGGUUGCAUAAAUGCGGUGUAUGUUAAGAGUCCCUAGUGGAGAACAUCCAUAUGAAAGAUGUAGAGGAAUAAUAUAUUGAGGGGUAGACAUAUUAAACUGAGGAGCUGAUCGGAGUGCAGAUAAUAAUUUGAAGGAUAAGAAGUCGCUCCCACUGUGUGCAAGCCAGAACUGAAGGACCUUCAUUAGAUGCAUUUGACCUAAAUUAGGUCCCUAGUGUGAUGGAAAAGUAUGCUGAAGCACAGUGUGCAGGUGUUUUCAACAACUAAUUAUUUCAGACAGGACAGGCUGUUUAUUGCAGUGAUCCUCCUCUUUAGACUGUAAGGAAAAUUUCAUUCUAAAAGUAGACGACAAUUUUGGAAUAUGAAAAAAAAAGAUAUCUGUGCUCAAUAUGUUUGUGUAAAUCAACACAUAGACCACGUUUCUUUCUCAAACAAAUUGGUCUGAGCUUCAAUGUCUGUCUAUUGGGUGUAUUGCAACUAUACUGAAGCUUCAUACACAUCGUCCUACAGUGAACUUUUGAACUGUGAUUACAUUGUUGUCACACAUUGUAGCAAACUAGAUUUCUUUUCAGAAAAUAUGUGAGUAAAAUGUUUGUAUAAUUGGGUUGUCAAUGCUAGCCUUUCACGAUAAGGAAAUAUUAAUAUUUGCUAAUGAUGAUGACUCAUUGUACGCAAAAUCGACAAACUGAUUGUUAUGUUGAAAAGAAAAAAAAAGAAGACAAAUGGGUAUCUCAAAAAUGAUAGAUCAUGGAUUCUCAUAGGAAUGCGGUGAUUAAUACACAAGAAAAUGUGAUAUCUGGUUAAAAAAAAACAUUGGUAUGAUGGAAGGUAGCACCAAUUCAGCAACUGUUAUCAAAAGAAAGAACAUCCAUAGUUUUCC